AACCUCUCUUUCACAACUCACAAUUCUCUCUCUCUCUCUCUCUCUCUCUCUUUCAUUGCCCAGUUUUCUUAACAACUGAUCUCUGCUGUGUUUUCUGUUUCUUUUUCCUCUGUUGAGUGGUGGGUGUGAGCCCCCUCUACUCAAAAACACUUAUCACGUUACAGCUUAGUUUUGUUAGAACCUCUAGAUUCUGAAUCCCAUUUUUGCCUCUUCUUUAAGCUUCUCCUUCAUUUCCCAAGACUUCAAAAACCCAAACUUUCAAGUAAAAACCAGCUAUGGAGGUUGGAGACCUGAGAACUAGUAUUCUUCAAACUGACAAAUUUCCUCCCUCUUCUGAUGUUCUUGAUUCUCUUUGGAUUCCCGACUCUAAGCCCUCUUUCCAUGGCCCUGCUGCAUCAAUGGUGAAUUUUGAUGGUUUGCAAGAAGCAAGGGGAUUAGAGAAAGAGGAGAGCAGAAGCAAUAAUGAGGAUGAUUACCAAGGAGGAUACUUGGGUCAUCAACCUGAGAAGAAAAGGCGACUUUUGCCGGAUCAAGUGCAGUUUCUUGAGAAGAGCUUUGAGGUGGAGAACAAGCUUGAGCCUGAGAGGAAACUCCAUUUGGCUCAAAAACUUGGGCUUCACCCUAGACAGGUUGCCAUUUGGUUCCAAAACCGGCGAGCCCGCAACAGAACCAAACAGAUUGAGAAGGAGUUUGAUUCCUUGAAAGCUAGCUAUGACAAACUCACAUCUGAUUUUGAUGCCAUCUCCAAAGAAAAUCAGAAUUUGAGGCAUCAGGUUCAAUUGCUGACAGAGAAACUGAAGAGCAAAGAAAGAGAGGAUGAUCAAAUGAAUUCAUUUGAGGCAGAACCUCAGAAGCAGCAACCCAUUGGUGGUACAAUUUUGGCAGAUGGAAAAGCUUUAUUAUCAAUCACAGUUUGCAAGCAAGAAGAUGCAAUAAGUUCAGCCAAAAGUGAUGUUCUUGAUUCAGACAGCCCACAUUGCAAAGAUUUGGAAUCAUCAGAUUUUUCCCAGGAUGAAGAUGAUAGCCUUCCCCCAAAUCUUUUCCACACACUCAGCUUCCCAAAGCUUGAAGAUCAUCAUUAUGCAAUAAAUUCUUGCAACUUGGGAUUUUCCAUUUCUGAUCACUCUCCUUGGUUCUGGACUUCUGGGCUUGUUGACUAGACAACAUAAUAUAAAUAUAUAAUAUAACCUCUUUUUAGUAUUUUUGUUUCAUUAUAUUUUACCACUGUACUGUUGCCACUACAGCUUCUGGUACCUAGUACUGCUAGCUUUCUCAUGCAAUAACAUACAUGUUGUAAAUAAGGUUAAACUAUGAUUAGUGAAUGAAUAUUUUGGUUGGUUCAAGAA